AUGCUUCAGCUAAUGCUUGUUGGAAUUGUUGAAGAGGCCGUCCACAUCUCACCCGCACGUGCUAAGAAGCAGCAGUACAAAUGUAGAUUGGGACGUGCUGGGCUUUCGGAGAAAGAGCGAAAUCUUCUUGCUGGAGCAGUUCUUGGUUAUCUGCCAAAAAGGAGACCUAGAUACGACUGUUAUCUGGAACUACCUGCUUUGCUCUGGAUCAUCAAAGUUGAGCAUUACUUCCAGUACAUAGCAGCUUACGGUCCAACCAGCUCUGGAAAGGAGCACUGGGUAGAAGGAAAGUAG